CAACUAGACAUUGAAACGACAACGUUUCGGUGGAGUUACCUAGUCCAGUUCCACUUUUAUAAUACGGUUUCUAGUAUUUAGACUAGAAGCUCGAGGAGGACGCAUAAGCUUCUUAGGAAGGAUCCGAAUCGUGUCUCUAAGCCUAAAGAUAAUGGCAGGGCCAGGAAGCUCCAUGCUAUAUUCUGGUCUUAUGUUCACCGUGAUUCUUUCACUUCAAGAGAUGUACCGUGGGAAAUUAGCAUCAACAGAGUUAUUUACCAUUCUUGGAGGCUUCAUUAGCUCUCUCUUAUUUCUUGUGCUGCUAACAUUCAUUGGCAAUUUUCAAGAAACGUGUGGCAUAAAGACUGGGUGGGGCACAGUUGUAUCAGCAGAAGUUGUGGCCCUAAUUGCAGCUAGUACUGUACAUCGUGUUUGCAUCACUACAUGUUUCUUAUUCUCAGUGGGACUGCUUUAUGAGGUCAACAAGCUUUCUGGGAUGAAACUUUCAAUAACAGAGUCUAAAGCAAGAAGGCACUAAGGGAGUGUCUUCAUUACUUUAAGAUAUAAAGACCUGUGAAUCUUUAAGUUUUAUCCUCAUCAUGUUUGCUCAAGUGUUUGUGAGAUUUAUUAGAUAGAUGUAGUUACUCAGAAGAUGCUAGAUAAAACUUAUUAUUAUGUCUUCUUAAGAGAAAAGAGUAGUGAAAUUUUGUUAUAAUAUUUUUGCUUCUGGAAAAA